AUGGGAGGUGCUGUCGGGGUCCAACGCAUUGAGACGCUUUGUCGUACCUCACAUGCGGCCUUUGACCAUGGUCGAGCAGCAAUUGUUAUAGCACAGGUCGGUCUUGUUCGUGUCAUUCGCGUCGCAGAGAGAUGGUACGCCGUAGUCGACCAGCGCGUGAUCUCGCGUGUAACCCGUUUAGUGGAAAAGGAGAUUGUGCGCCGCAUAAAUCUUUUAGUCAAGCACAUUGAAGUGGCGUCGAAGCUGUGGUUCGUCAGGAGUAUUUCCACCACAUCCAUCGCUGAGGCGUUCGACAUCGACACGAAAGAUGUUCGCAAGGUGCAAGUAAGCAAACGUGACUAUGAAGUGUACAAUUGCGGACCAGAGCUCCUGGACGUGCCAUCCUGGAACAAAGUAGCUCAAGUACUCGAGCUGCAGAACCCCAACGUAGCUGACUUCCUGCUCAAAAAGUGCCGAUGGACAGUGUGGCAGCCACCACCUUCGUGGCGUGUCAAGGUAGAUCAAGUAUUCAACGUUACCGUACAUAUCGCUGUUCGCCGUGAGGGUUUCUUGACAAGAGAAAUUCGUGUUGUUCGUCUGCGACUCGGUCGAAAGUGGGUGGGCGCUCACCAUUUAAGCGAGGACAUGGCUCACACUAUGAAAAGUAAAUGGCUACACCGUGUAGACUACGAAGUUGGCGAUCAAGUGGAUACUGCUGAAAGCGAGUUUUUCAAGGUUGUGAAAAGUGCGUGGGAAGAUUACAUUGCAGAGUUGGCCAAACUGCCUCAGGAGGUUAAACGUGGCAAUGACACAACUGGAGAGUCAUUCCCAUACGACGACCAGGAGAAACGGACAUCGCUACGAGUAAAGCAUUUGCUGGAUACAGCACUGGAAAAUAUUCUGAACGACCGACGAACAAUGUUCCGAAUGCCACAUCAAUAUGAAUUGUGGCGAAUGGAGCAAGAAGACGCACUCGAACACCGCCCUGAAGACAGCGUGGUUGGGCCUCUUUUCCACGGUCCUAUUGAAGAACUCAUCGAGGUAUACGAAGAGAAGGGUAUGGCUGUUGAAGACGUUGAUGUGCAAUGGUCCUAG